AACAGAAUACGAGAUGCAGUACUGCUGUUGGGUAGUUUGGUCAUUACACUCAAUCCAAGAUUUGUUGUAAAGUAAACAAGAUGGCUUCACACCUUUAAAAGCAAAGACAACAUCGUUCUUGAGCAUCUGCAAACAGGGCGAAAGAGAGGCAUCAUACAAAAGCGAGAAAAAAGCAACAUAGAAAUCGAGUACAAGGAAAGGGUGAGAUUGUCAGUUUAGGUGAUGACGACGAAGAAUCAGCAGCAGAUGCUGGAGCAGCAACAAGCGCAAAUGCUGCGUGUGAAGAACUCCGGGAUGAUCAAUCAUGUCGGGAGCCCUCUAAUGAAUGAGGACAAGGACGAGGAGAUGACGAGGUCUGCGUUAGCAGCUUUUCGUGCUAAGGAAGAAGAGAUCGAGAAGAGGAAGGCGGAGGUCCGGGAGAAGGUUCAGGCGCAGUUAGGCCGUGUCGAGGAGGAGACGAGGCGGCUGGCUGAGAUUCGCGAAGAGCUCGAAACCCUGCAUGAUCCGAUGAGGAAGGAAGUUGCGAUCGUUCGCAAGAGGAUCGACCUCAUUAAUCGGGACUUAAAGCCCUUGGGCCUCAGCUGUCAGAAGAAGGAAAAGGAAUACAAAGAAGCACUAGAGGCUUUCAAUGAGAAGAACAGGGAAAAGGGUCAGCUGGUCGCCAAACUAGUUGAGUUGGUGACUGAAAGUGAGAAGCAGAGACUGAAGAAACUGGAGGAGCUUUGCAAGAACAUCGAUGCCCUUCGCUGAUAAAUUAACGGCCCUUGUCCAAGAAUUCACUGCUGAUAUUACACUGUUUUGUUUUUUGUUUUUGCUGUUUCAAGAUUGUUGUUGACUUAGCACAUUUUAUGGUGUUUCUAAUUUUUCUUUUUACCGAGUGUGAGAGUAUACAUACCAAUUAAUACUAAACGUUUUAAGGUAUCAUUUCCUUAUACAUUGUCAUACUAAUGUUGUUCUUUUUCCUGUUUUUUCAAGUGACAGUAUUUAC